AUGAGCUCUCCAGCCGCCUCCAACGGCAUGGAUGUUCGACGACCUCGAUCUAGCCAUAAGGUGUCUAUGACCUGGGAGGAGGAUGAGGUCACUUCUCGCCGGAGGAUGCAGUUUGCCGAGGAGUGCAUCGAGACCAAGACUGUAACCACCACGACCACGACCAAGAGGUCCUAUCCGUCCCUGUUUGUUCGUGAGCCACGGAGCUUGCAGUCGCUCGACUCAAAAGAAUACCCCCUCGCCGCCAGACAAACCCCGCCUGAACUCCGAAAGUUGACGUUUGAUGUUGACGACCACGAUAUCGAGGGCUGGGCUGAGGAGGACAGCAUAAAUACCCAGGUGCGACGUUCACAAAGUAUUGACUAUGCCAACAUCGUCAAAUCUGAACCUGGCGUGGAGAGUCUCUUGGACAUCUCCACUGUUCGCUCUCAGGAUGUGACCGAGUCCAGCCCGCGCAGAUCACGGAGAUCGGCCGCCCACACAGCUUCACCCAGCAACACACCAGCCGCCGGAAGAAGCUCACAGAGGGCCCACAAGCACGCCGGCCUCCCUAACGCCGCAUCAGAUAAGCUUCGGCGCGCCGUAGCACAUGGAUCUCGUGCGAACAGGGGUCUUCGACACCCCUCCGCCUUUUUAGCCACCCCGGAUACCAGCGAGCUUGCUGCCCUUGGCAUGGACCGACCCUCGCGCCUGAGAGCCUUGAAUACUGACAAUAUCGAGUCCAACACCAGCCAGUCAACUUCCAUCUUCGAUACCGGCAGUCCGGCUGGCAGUGAAUCGCAAACCAUUUUCAGCAAUGUGGCCACCCCGCCCAUCACCGAUGCCGAUCUCGAACCCUACGAGGAUGCCAUCAACCCCUUUCAGUCAAGAGGAAAUAUCAACAACGUUGCGGUCCAAGAUGCCAGCCUCCCAAGUCCACGUCUGUCCCCCACGUUGGCCGCCGCCCAGCCUCAAACAGACGUUCCCGAUGAAGACGCAGCCCCUGAUGCCGAUGCCUCCUUUUCUUCCGAGGUAACUCGCACUGAUCGGAGACGGUGGAUCGACGAUACCCAGAUCACGGAAGGUGACUCGAUGACCAUGUCACCCAUGCAGUUCAGCUCUGGUGGACAAUCACAGGUCAUGGGCUCACAGGCUUCUCAGUUUGUCGACCCGCGCACCCUAAUUGAAGGCUUCGAGGUGCUCCCCAACGAGUUCAAGACGUGGAUUAUGUAUCAGUUUUUGCGAAGAUGCAGCCGGAAGACGCUACGUGUGGUAGCUGAUGUGGUGAACCCGGCCCUUAAGUGCGACUUUCUCCGACAACUACCCCUCGAGCUCAGCCUUCACAUCCUCUCCUAUCUCGAUCACCGGGACCUUUGCCGUGUGGCCCAGGUAUCCAAGCACUGGCGCCAUAUUGCCGACAGCAACGAGACAGGGUGGAAGGAGCUUUUUGACCAUGAUGGAUUCACCCUAUCACCAGGAGAGUUGGACCGCGCCAUUAAGCAAGGCUGGGGUUGGCAGGAUCCUGUCGGGUAUGAUGGUUGUGAGCUUGAUUUGAGCCAUCAAAACAGACUGACAUUGAGUGAAAACGAACUCGUCCGGUCGGUGGUCAAAACAGAAAAGCAGGAGACGCCUGUUCAAAAGUCAACCAGGACGUCCAAGCGGAAGCGUGGGCUGAAUCAUAUCGGCGCUGAUAGAGCCAAGCGGCGUGCUGGGGCCCAAGAGUUUAGGGAUGAUAGGACUUCCCCGGUUCCCAAGACGCACAAAUCCGAGGGGCCCAUCUCAGCUGCCAACGCCGCCGCUAUUGCCGUCCCGGAUCCUCAGAUCGGUCUUCCCAGCUUGCGGCACCUCCAUUUGUUCAAGUCGCUUUACCGGAGGCACUACAUGAUCAAGAACAGCUGGAUGAACGGCAAGGUCAGGCCCGAGCAUGUCGCCUUUGCUGCCCACCCACGCCACGUCAUCACUUGCCUCCAAUUUGACGAAGACAAGAUCAUCACUGGGAGCGACGACACCUUGAUUCACGUCUAUGACACCAAGACGGGCGAGCUCCGCACCAAGCUCGAAGGUCACGAAGGUGGUGUCUGGGCGCUGCAGUACGAGGGCAACACACUGGUGUCGGGCAGCACGGACCGAUCGGUUCGUGUUUGGGACAUCAAGAAGGGCAUCUGCACUCAGACCUUCUACGGCCACACCAGUACUGUGCGCUGUUUGCAAAUUUUGAUGCCUGCAGAGACGGGAGCGAUGGAGAAUGGAAAGCCGGUCAUGAUGCCCCAGAAGCCCUUGAUAAUCACAGGUUCCCGAGACAGCCAGCUGCGGAUUUGGCGGUUGCCCGAGGCGGGCUCUCGACGAUAUAUUCAGACGGGCCCUCCGGCUAGUGACGAUCAGUGCCCGUAUUUUAUUCGUAUCCUCGGCGGGCACACUCACUCGGUCCGCGCCAUCUCAGCUCAUGCUGACACCUUGGUCUCUGGGAGUUACGACAGCACUGUCAGGGUCUGGAAAAUCAGCACGGGAGAGCAACUGCAUGUCCUGCAGGGCCACAGUCAAAAAGUAUACUCGGUAGUUCUCGAUCACAAGCGCAACCGCUGCAUUUCGGGCUCGAUGGACUCCAUGGUCAAGAUCUGGGACCUUGCCACGGGGGCGUGCCUGCACACCUUGGAGGGCCACAGUUUGCUGGUGGGACUUCUCGACUUGCGGGACGACUGGUUGGUCUCGGCCGCAGCAGACAGCACUCUGAGAAUCUGGGACCCCGAAUCUGGCCGAUGCAAGCGGACGCUCGUGGCACAUACUGGAGCUAUCACCUGCUUUCAACACGACGGCGCCAAGGUCAUUUCAGGCAGUGAGAAGAACGUCAAGAUGUGGUCUAUUGAUAAUGGUGAUUUGGUUCAAGAUCUCUUGACAGAUCUGAGCGGAGUGUGGCAGGUCAAGUUUGAUGACCGGAGAUGCGUGGCUGCCGUCCAGCGAGGAAAUUUGACAUAUAUCGAGGUGAGAUUUCUCUUGUCCCCUGUCUAUCAUCGGUGCAAGACAGCUGCUAACCAGACACAGAUUCUCGACUUUGGUGCAGUCCGCGAUGGCAGGCCGCCAGAGGAGCUCGGCAGACGUAAGCUCCUGAACGAAGGAGAGGUUCAACGCCUGCUUGCCGAAGAAGCUGCGUAG